CUUAAUUUUUUCUUUAAAUAUUAACUUUUAAUUACUAAGCUAUAAUUUAAAUAUAGAAUAUAAAAAUAAAUUUUAACUUUUAGUUAAAGUUAUUUUAGUUAUUUUUCUUUUGUGUUAAUUUUAGAAUAAGUAGAUGCUUCAUUGAUAUCGAUUAAGAGUAUGCCUUUAAUUUUGGAUGAUUCAAUUGUAGAAAAACUAAAACUAAAAAUAUUUGAUUUUAAAAAUUUUAGUUUAAUUUUUCUUAAUAUAAUUGUAUUUUUGAAUAUUUUAUUCGAAUAUUGGUUUGGUCAAAACACCAGUCCGAACCUGCACUGCACGUAUACCUUAUUUUGCAAGAGCAUGACGCGUGUCUUCAAAUUUGUUGUUUGGGCUCUAAUAAUGUCUUUCGAAGAGGCCCAAAGGUAUCAUCAUCCGGAUUGGUCUCUCACCUCAUCAUUGCAUCGAUGGGACACUGUCGCGCAAGCAGUCAAAUGUGACACGUGGACUGUUAUAAGCUGACGUGUCGAAUGUACUUUCAUCAGGUGGAGGAUAAGUAAAACGUUACGGAACCGUUUCGUCACUUUCCGUUAUCUUAUUUAAACUAAAGAGGGGAACAAAGAGAUGCAAUAAGAUAAUCGAAGUCAAGCGAUAAAAAUAAAAAAAACCAAUAACAAAGAUCGAACAACUCUACAAGAGAUGACUGCAUCAAAGGAUGGCGCUAGUAGUUUCACUAACAUUUCUGUAGAGGAGCACUUUAGCGUCUCUCAAUCUACUUCCGGUGGACAGUUUGUAGGCCCCACAGAAGAAAUUUCAACGGCGGCUGAUGCACUUAUAGGGAGGUCGGCGACAUUGACGGAGGCUCUCAAAGCAGCGGCCAUUAACGUAGGCCAUAAGCCAGUGGAAACAACUGACUUAGCUGCCAUAAAAGAGUUGGAAGCUAGAGCUACCGGAGGCAAAAUAGAAAGAGGCGAUAGUGUAACCUCCAUGGCAAAUGAGGCGGUUGCUCGAAACAAAAAAAUAGGUAAAGAAGAUGACAAGAAGAUUCGUCUCCGCGACAUUGUCGCCGAGAUUGAUGUGAGGGUAACGAGAGACAGGUCAGUGACGAGUGAAGACGCGGAAGCAGUGGUUCAGGCUGAGCUCAAUCAUUCUCCCUAUAACCAUGUUAUUCCUGGAGGCGUCGCUGAGUCUGUGGCUGCAGCUUAUAAAUUAAAUCGUAGUCCCUCUAUGUGAUAUUAAUUACUUUGCGAUGUAUAUAAAAACAUAUGACAUAUUACGGUCUUAUGACGUUUGUUGGCCUCUCUUUAGUUGCACAAAAUGAAUUAUAUAUUAUAAGAACGAGCGUAUAGAUUUCAAAAGUAUAGAAAUAAAUAAAUAAAAAUAUCUGGGACAAUAGAAUUCAAGCAUAUAUACAAUUCAAAAUCUGCCAGAGUAGAGAUAUUUGCAAUUCUGAAUCUGAGAGAUGUAAGUGCAUUUCAUUUACUAUGAAAUGGUUAUACCUUAUAUGAUGACUGAUGGGAGUAGGCUUGCCGUUUUUAACCGAACCGAACUUGUGGAACCAAACCGAAAUUUUGGUGAAUUCGGUAAUGGUAAUGGGUAAUGGGUAAUGGUAAUGAGUUCGGUUUAGUUCGGCAACUUUAUUAAAAAAAUCGAUUUUUGGUUCGGUAAUCGGUUAGUCCAGUUUUUAACAUUUUUUGUUAACCAAAUUUCAAACAAAACAAAUCUAAAUUAUGAACCAAAUUAACCGAACAAACCAAACAAACUGAAAUUAUCUGAAUUUGACAAAAUUUAACCAAAUUGUUAACCGAAAUAUCAUCGAAACCAAAAAUUUCAAUUAGUUUCGGUAAAAAAUAUUUAAAACCGAACUAUCCGAAAUAUUUUUAUAGAAUCAGUUCAGCGAGAUUUUGAUCAAACCGAACUGUUCAAAUUCCAAAUUACCUGAACUCACAUGCCUAGAUGAAAGUACCAUUAUUGUCU